AUGGACGAAUUUGCCCAGACCCGUGGAGCAGAUGAUCUUUUUGAUGAUGACUUCACACCAGUUGACGCACCAAUCUCUCAGACCGUUGGAUUCGCUCCUCCACAGCGACACCCACAGCCUCAACGCGGCGGCCGCAAUGAACGAGCAAUUCGUGGAUAUGAGAAUCAAGUCCCACGUCAACCACGUCAGCCACGUGCACAACCGCAAUCCUCACCUUCAGAACUAGUGGCUUUGGAGCCUUCCAAUGACAACAUAGAAGCCUCUUCAACCAACCAAAAUACUCCUCCCCAAAAUGAGACAGACCCUGAUUCCACCCCACAACCACAGCAGCCGAGACCCCCUAGCGCCGUCCGCGGCGACCGCACUCUCACCGGUGGUACGCUUAAGCCUAAGCUCACCGAAGAUGAACUCUCAGCCCGUAUGGCCGCCGCCAAACUCAACAACGCCAAGCGUGCAGAAGCACAUCGCCUAGCCGAAGCCGACGAAGCGAACUUCCAGCAACGAGAGGCACAAGCAUCUCAGAAACGGAAGGAGGAAGGGGUUGCACGCCGGGUGAUGAACCAGGAGAGAGAAAAGAACAGGAUGAGGAAGCUAGGAGCUCAGGGAGGGAGGGAAUGGGAUGAAGGGAAGGCCGAGCAGGAGCCGGAGAGGGGGAGUCAGUAUCGGAGGGGUGCUCAUGGUGGCGUCGCGUAUGACACCACGUCUCCGAAAGGUGGACAUCAGGACCGGAAAUCUGGCGAGUUCCACGAGAGAAGAGAAGGGUUCGUGCCAAGGGGAGGAGGCAGAGGACGAGGAGAUCGAGGGCGAGGUGGUAGGGGACGUGGGGGCUUUGCUCUCAACAGAGUUGCUCAGCAGGCAGCGCCAGACCCUGUGAAUGAUUUUCCAGCUCUACCCACAGCAUCCAAAACCCAAGAACCCACUCGGGAACUGCCGCCAGCUCGACCGGCAGCACGUAAAAACGAAAAACCCAUUCAGCAGCUGUCUUCGGGCAAGGUCACACAGAAUUUGCAGCCCGCAGCUGAAGGCGAGAGCUGGGCAGAUCAGGUCGAUCUGGUCCAGGACGCGAAGGCACCGGAAGGGGAAUGGUAA